AGCCUGUCAGUUCAGUCCGGGACGGCGCUCCAAUGCGGGCGCACGCAAUCUGCGCGCUAUCGACCGUUCCGCGAACGCGUACUCGCACCAAUUAAAACGUAUCGUCCUCGAUCGGAUUAUUGUGCGAGUGUGAACAUGAGGUGCUUAGUGCUGGUCCUGGCGACGCUGGCGGGGGCCCGGGCCGUGGCCGCGGCGGCCGCUCCCUGCGCCCUCGCGGACGAGUUCUUCCUGAGGCAUAACGUAUCAGCUGAUGAUAGCGAUGGACCAGGCGCGGUGUGCGGCGGGCAGUGCUGCGGGCGGGGCCGCGAGGCGCGGCUGCGGGAGUCGCUGCGGCGCGCGGCCGUCGCGCGCGCCGCCGCCGCCACGCGCCCCAUCGUCUCGCUGCUGCUCUCCACCAGGACUACGCUGCAAGAGCACUUAACGGCGCUGUCACAUCAGUCGCAGAACAAAACGGCGGUGUUACUAGCGCAAGUGUACCGGGCGCAGGCGGCGCGCGCGCACGGGCCGCUGGCCGCGCUCUACGCGGAGCUGCGCGCCGCGCUGCGCCCCGCCGCUCCCGCCCGGCUCGGCGACCUCGUCUCCGACCCGCCCCGGAACCUCCCCCUCGCCACUGACAACUUCUUCCGCGAACUCUUCCCCUUGGCCUACCACAAUAUACUCAAACUUGACACCAAGCAGUUCACGGUCCAGCACGAAAUAUGUGUCAAAGAUGCUUAUGACGCCGUGCAGCCUUUUGGAGAUGUUCCACAACAGUUGGGUAUGACGUUGUCGAAAUCUAUGGAGGGCGCGCGGGCCCUGCUGGUGGCGUUGGGCGCGGGCGCGGGCGCGCUGGCAGCGGCGGAGCAGGCGGUGGCGCGCGCGAGCGGCGCGUGCGCAGCGCGGCUGCUGCGCGCCGCCGGCUGCGCGCGCUGCCGCGGCCAGGACGCGCCGCCCUGCCGACACUACUGUCUCAACGUCGUGCGAGGAUGCGUGGGGGCGCCGGUGGCGGAGCUGGCGGGCGCCUGGGCCGCGUACGUGGAGGGCGUGGAGGCGCUGGCGCGCGCGGACGCGGACGCGGCGCUGCGCGCGCUGGACGAGCGCGUCUCGCGCGCCGUCAUGCACGCGCUCGAGAACAAGCUGCAGCUCGAGAAGAAGGUCCGACUAGAGUGCGGGUCCCCCGACACGACGGAGGGCGGCGGCGCGGGCGCGGGCGCGGGCGCAGGCGCGGGCGGCACGGCGGCAGGCACGGCGCGGCGCGAGGCGCUGCGCGCGCCGCCGCCCGACGCCGAACUGCUGCAGUUCGCCGCCUCGCUCGCCGCCAGCAAGAGGCUCUUCUCCUCGCUGCCCGACUACCUAUGUGACGAACCCGACUUCGCCCAUGACGACAACGACCACUGCUGGAACGGGAAUACAGUUGGAACGUACGAGAAGCCGUUGGUGGCGAGCUCUUCGCUAAGCGACCAGAAGUACAACCCCGAGGUGGAGGGCGCCGCGGCCGACCCGCAGGUUGCGGCCAUCGGCGACCAGCUACGGCAGGCCAGACAGGUGCUGACGAGCAACAGCUGGGGCAGCGCGCCGGCCGCAGAGGCGUUCAUGCAGGGCGACGCGGCGGGCGAGGAGGGCUCGGGCUCCGGCCGCAGCUACGCCAACUACGACGACGGCUCGCUCGACGCCGAGGGCUCCGGCGAGGAAGGCUCCGGACACGUACCCGUCGGAAGCCGGCCCGACGGAGGCGAGGCGCCGCGCGCGCAGCCGCCGCCCACGGCGGGCGGCACGGCCCGCGCCUGCGCUGCGCCGCUGCUGGCGCUGGCGCUGCUGGCGCUGCUCACCUAGGCCGCGCUCGGGACCCGUCGACACCCUUCCGCCCCUGUACUGUGGAGUCUGGACCACCUAAGAGAAUUCCCAUAUCAUUUAGUGAGAAUUCACUAUUAGGUAAAAAGCCUUGCGUAAUAAUCGUAGUGUGAAAAAGUUAAGACUCCUAAGUUUUUCCUACCGUCUAUUCGGUGAUACUUUAGCGAAUUUGUAAGAACUUUAUAUACGAAAAUACUGUCUGACAGUAGUUAGCUCCAGAAAUAUGUUGACAGUGCGUUUGCUCUUCUUUAAAAAACUGUUGAUAGAAUAGCAUUGUCGUUUUACAAUGUAUGGAUGCAUUUAAAUUAAACGUACGCUAUAGAUUUUAAUGGCCUGCAAUUGUGAGAUGCAUAUCAAUAUUUUAUCAAUAAACGUUUUUGUAAAUAUAAUCUAUACUUACCUAUUGGAUACGAGUACGUUUAUGAAAUGAAACAUUAUACAUUUUUUGCAUUUAACGUGUUCAGUACUUCAUGUAUUUGCUAUAGUAGCCAAUAAUUCACUGUUGAAUGGUACUAGCUGAUUGGCAAUAAAUUUAUAAAUAUAUAAAAGAAGAACGUAUAACGAUUAGAAAAAGUGAUAGAAUUAUUAAGGAUUUAAUGUACAGAUGUAAAUACCUAACACUCUGUCGGUCUAGGUGCUUAGCUAGUAAACAUAUUUUGUUGCCAUAUUAAAUUUACGGAUAUUAUUAUUUAUAACACUAAUUAAGUCAUAAUUUAAUAAUAAUAUUUUAUGUGAUACUGAUUUAGUUAAGUCGAUAUGUUUAUUUGCAUGCGCGUUAAGUUAUUUAUAAAUUGUAAAUUGGUCCUGAGGUUGACUUCGGCAAUAGUUAUUAUGUAGAAAAACGAGAGAGAAAAGUUUGAUAUUUCUUCUAGUGCUCUCUUUGAGUCACGUUGAAGCGAAAGAUUCUAUAAUAAAUUCACAAGCAUAGCAAGUUUAUCUAAUUUAGAAUCUUGUGCUGAUCAAGGAUUUAAGAACGCACUAGAUGUAAAUUACUUUGAUCUCGCGUAGUACACACGACUUUUCACCGUAGCAGUGAGAACACACAUUAGAAUCUUCCACCCCUCUCUUAGGUAUGGCUGUACCUACGUUUAGAGCUCUAUGAACAAAUGGAAUCAUGUAGAAAUUAUUAUUCACAUGUAAAUGGCACUUCACUCAAUACAAUUGCAGAAAAGUACUCUGGUUCGAGCUGCUGAGGUGAAAAAGUAAUUGCUGUGAAGAGUAUAAGUGGAGACUCGCACAGCAGAAUACAGGCGGGCCCGCGGGCCCAGCUCGCCAGCGCACCACCGUGGCUGGCCCCAAUCGUAGUAUCGCGACCGCGACGCCAUCAGAGAUCAGGUGCUGGGUUAUGCAACAAUGCAGCUUGCUUUUUACUUACAACUAUAGUUGCAAUUGUUCCCCCCGAAUUUAAAUGAGAAAAUAAUUCAAGAGGUGUAAUUUUUUAGAAGUCAGUAUAAGUAAAUAGCAUCCCCGUGUACCGACGCACAGCGUACCCGCGCCGCUCCUGCGGGUCCGCGGUCACCCUUCUGGGCUCGCACCUGCCCUCUGUUAUGUGCUUGUAUUUGUGAGAAACUUUGUCGCACGUGCUAAAUAUUACUGUUCUACGUGUCUAAACGUAUAAAUAUUAAUAUAACAUCAAACUAAUCAUAAUAAAACUUAUGUUUGUAGAUAUUACGUAUAUCAGACACCAUGUAAUGGUGCACUGGAGUUUUUGUAAAUGUGUUGUAGAUUAUAUGAAGGCGUAGAAUGACGAGGACCAGAAUUGGCACGUGGAAUAUUUAUUGUUAAGAUGUCGUUUGAGACCACUCGAAUGUUCAUGUUAUGCCUUUACUCGGCGAACCGCGCGCCACUCGUUUCUGUUUACCGACAGCCGGCAUAGACUUCGGACGUUGCCGGAAAUCAACUCAAACAAAUUGUAAAUAUAUAUUGUUGGAGUGGUGGUAGUGAUGAAAAAGAAGACAUCUUGCUGUUAAAUCUGAAAAUAUAUUGAAAUAAAUAUUGUACCACGCA